AUGUGGGAAGAGGACAAGAUCUUGCUCGGUGGUGGCAGCAGCGAUGCGGGUCUGACCAGCGCCGCGGCGCGGGGGCAAGUGGAGACUGUGCGGCAGCUCCUAGAGGCCGGUGCAGAUCCCAAUGGAGUCAACUGCUUCGGGAGGCGCCCGAUCCAGGUCAUGAUGAUGGGCAGCACCCACAUAGCAGAGCUGCUACUGCUCCACGGCGCGGACCCCAACUGCGCGGACCCCACCACCCUCACCCGGCCCGUGCAUGAUGCUGCCCGGGAAGGCUUCCUAGACACGCUGGUGGCGCUGCACCGAGCAGGGGCACAUCUGGAUGUGCGAGAUGCCUGGGGCCGCCUGCCCGUGGACCUGGCGGAGCAGCGAGGCCACCUAGACGUGGCUCGGUACCUCUGCGCAGCCGCAGGAGACUGAUGGCCGGUGCACCCAGCCGCGCGCGCGAGCAAUGACUUUUCUUUUCUUCCCAGUUCCCCAUCCCCGAUUUAGCCCAAUGAAGGCUGCAAACUUGGAGCGGUGGAAAACCUGAAAGCCUUCCUGGGCAACUAGAUUCCUCGUGGGAAAGGAGGGGCAGGCCGGAAGUAAAUUAUUUUUUUCUUCCUGGAUCUAACCUUCGACACCCUCCAUGAAGCCAAACUCAAAAGAGGUGGGGCAAGAGAUUUUCCAUGAGAUUUUGGAGUAUAAUGUUGAGUUCCCAGGUUUACUUUAAAGGGUUUUCUGGCGAAAAGUGGCAUAUGAAGAAGUCCACGAAGGACCCCGAGUGAUGGGGGCAGAGCGGGAGGCACCAGUGAUUGGCAUCCGGAGGGAGGUUGAAAUGGUCAUCCCACUGACCUUGAAGCAGCCCCGAGUAAGCCCCUACUCCGGGCUUUAGGCCCAGGGGACUAAGGGAAAAUAUGAAGAGGGAAGACCAGAAGAUAAUGAUGACGGUCCCUGUGGGUUGCAGUAGGCACCCAAUGCUUUACUGGCUGUGUGAGCAUGUCGCCUGUAAAACCGUAUUCAGUGGAAGUCCUUGGAGACAGCGCCACCACCGGAUGGUAACGAAAAGAGAAGAUGGGAACCACUGCGCUUAUUUGCCCUUAUAUUUUAAAAUCUGUGGGUCACGUUGAUGCAAGACAGCUCUCAGGAAGGGGCGGGGCACUUGCUGCUUGUUAUUCAGUCCAGGAGAGCUUUCUGCAUUCCAGCUGUCAGCGAACAUUAUGAAGGGGUGGGUUGUAGC